GGAAUGCGCCAUCACGGUUAAUGCUCGUCCCGUGCACAGACCUCUAGUCGUCCCUUGGUCUGCCAAGAUUUCGUGUUUCGGCUUAUCGAUAGCACCAAUAAUUGCAUCUUGCUGUUCCGUGAGAAAGCUACGACGGUUUGGGUAGACGCUCAUAUUACGAACACCGCCACCCUGGCUUCACUCCCCUACCGCUUCAAAGCCGGCGGCAGUCACAACCCAACCAUGUCCAUCGGCGACCACCACCACCGCUCCACCACCAAAACCCCCGCCAAACCCUUCAAAUCCCGCCACACCACCAAGUCCGCCCUCAAAGACCGCGCAAAGGGUAAAGUCGAGAGGCUCGAGCGAGGAGUAAGGAAGACGCCGCAUCAGCAAGUCAUGAGUAAGCUCGACCGGCGCAAUCAUGCCAAGCAGCUACGGCAGAACAAGAUUGGGGAGAGGCGGGAAGAGAGCAGCGUUUUCGCGGGUAGAGACGGUGCGCCGAGGAUUGUGGCGGUUGUACCGCUUUGUAACGACGUGGAAGUGCAAGGGGUCGUGAGGGAGUUGUGCCAGAGCGUGGAGGGAGAGCGGCAGGCGGGGAGUGAGAGAGUAGAGGUGACGAGGUUUAAGACGAGGGUGCAGUAUCUGACUCCAGCGAGGGAGUUGUUUGCGGUGAUGGAUGCCUGUCGAGUUGCGGACUUUGUGUUGUUUGUACUGAGUGCGGAGGAGGAGGUGGAUGAGGUGGGCGAGCAGAUGUUGAGGUGUGUGGAGUCGCAAGGCAUUUCUACAGUAUUGGCGGGCGUGUACGGUUUGGACAAAGUUGAGCCGGCUAAGAAGCGACCAGAUGUUGCUAAGAGCCUGAAGAGCUAUAUCACCCACUUCUUCGCCAGCAUGGAGAAGGUCCACGAUCUCGGCAGUCGCCAGGAUUGCAGCAACCUUAUGCGCAGUCUAUGUACCACGACGCCGAAAGGUAUCAGCUGGAGGGAGGACAGAAGUUGGAUGCUCCUAGACGAUGUGCGGUGGGAAGGUCGAGGACCGGUAGUGACCGGUGUCGUUCGUGGUCGAGGCUUGAAAGCAGAUCGUCUAGUGCAGGUGGGCGAAUGGGGCGACUUUCAAAUAGACAAGAUCACCGCUGCUCCGCUCGAGCAACGGAGUAACAAGCGGCUGAAGACGGUCGACAUGGUGGUCGAUGCUCCCGAGACCGACGAGGGGAAGGUUCUUGAGCUGCCGGGCGAGGAUCAGGACGAUCUGGCGGAGCUGGCGCCGGAAGAAGUCGCGAUGGACGAUGCAAUGACCGUGCCCACGGUUUCGCUCGCUGCAUCUGACCGAAGGCAUGUAUUACUCGACGACCAUCAGUACUUCGAUGAGGAGGACGAGGACGAACUAGCCACGCCGCAGCGGUUACCGAAGGGCACGAGCAAGUACCAAGCUGCAUGGUACCUCGGUGACAUCUCCGAUUCUGGGUCGGACAUGGAGGAUGUGGACACGGAGAUAAACGGUGACAUGGACCCCAUGGACGAAGCCGACCCUGUCAACGGCCAUCACGACGAGAUGCCUAUGCAUGAACCUACCGAAAUUGGUGAGCCAUCAGAAUACCCUCAAAGCGAAGCCUUUCCGGACGCGGCACCGGAGAACGAGAUGGAGCAGAUUGCCGCCUACCGCAAACGAAGGCAUGACGAAGCCGCCGAAGACUUGGAGUUUCCGGAUGAGAUCGAGCUGCAUCCUAAUAUCGACGCUCGCGAACGGCUCGCGAGAUAUCGAGGCCUCAAGAGCAUACGCACAAGUACCUGGGAUGCAGAGGAAGAUAAAAUGUACCAGCCUGAUGACUGGAGCAGAUUACUGGAAAUUGCCGAUUACAAGUCUGCCAAGAUCCGCGUUAUGAAAGAGUCACUGACCGGCGGCGUCAAGCCAGGAACACGGGUACACAUCUACUUGCGCCUCCCACAUUCCAUGUCACCCGAGGGGCUCCGAGCCCUGCCGAAGCCGACAUUUCUUUUCUCCCUCCUCCGUCACGAGCACAAACACACAGCCGUCAACACCUCCAUCUCGCUGUCUUCAGACUUCGGCAGGCCGCUGAAGAGUAAGGAAGAGCUCAUCCUGCAAUGCGGACCGAGAAGACUGCUCAUCAAUCCACUCUACAGCCAAGCGGGCAAUACGCCCAACAACGUGCACAAAUUCGAGCGGUAUCUGCAUCCUGGGCGCACAGCGGUGGCAUCUUUCAUCGGACCAGUGAUGUGGGGCAGCAUGCCGUGCCUGUACUUUCGGCGCACAUCACCCAUCACCUUGUCCGAAGACCCAGUCGAGGACCUCGCCCAAUCACUACACCAAAAGCCCAAGCUCGAGCUCAUCGCAACGGGCACAAGCAUGGCACCGUCCACCCAACGCAUCAUCACGAAACGGAUUCUGUUGACUGGCCACCCCUACAAGAUCCACAAACGCCUCGUUACAGUGCGCUACAUGUUCUUCUCGGCCGAGAAUGUGGAGUAUUUCAAGGCGUUGCAACUCUUUACGAAGCGAGGUAAGAGUGGCUUCAUCAAAGAAGCUCUGGGCACGCAUGGUUAUUUCAAGGCGGAAUUUGAUGGUAAGAUCAACCCACUGGAUAGUGUGGCUGUGAGUCUCUACAAAAGGGUGUGGCCGAGAGGUGCCAGAAAGUGGGUGCCGGGACUGGAAGAGGCCGGGGAACGAGAGGAGGCGCCGAUGCUUGUGGAAGGGACAAUACAGGAAAGUGCAGCUUAAGAUCUCUGCAUCGAGUAUGA